UUUCUAGGAUGCUCAGAAAUCUGAGAAAAAUGGCAAAUGUGGAUGAUGAGCCAAGGCAUCGUCUCAUCUCUGAGGUCGAUCAUGAAAGCAAUCCUGGACCAAUGAAUAUCCAGUUUGAUUCAUCAGAUCCAAGAUCGAAAAGGCCUUUCUAUAUAGAGCCCACAAACAUCGUCGAUGUGAAUGAUGCCAUUCAGAAAGUUAGUGACCAUGCCUCUGCUCUGAACAAAAGGAUUCAUUACUACAACCGGCUCACCGCUUCUGCAGACAAGGCACUGAUUGCCCCAGAUCACGUAGUUCCAGCUCCUGAAGAGUGCUAUGUAUAUAGUCCACUGGGUUCUGCUUAUAAACUACAGCGUCACACUGAAGGCCAUGGUAAAAACACAAGUUUAGUAACCAUUUUUAUCAUUUGGAAUACCAUGAUGGGAACAUCAAUACUAAGUAUUCCUUGGGGCAUAAAACAGGCUGGAUUUACUACUGGGCUGUCUGUCAUUCUGCUGAUGGGCCUUUUGACCCUUUAUUGCUGCUACAGAUUAGUGAAAUCACGGAGUAUGAUAUCUUCUUUGGAUACCACCACCUGGGAAUAUCCAGAUGUCUGCAGAUACUAUUUUGGCUCCUUUGGGCAGUGGUCCAGUCUUCUUUUCUCCUUGGUUUCUCUCAUUGGAGCAAUGAUAGUUUAUUGGGUGCUUAUGUCCAAUUUUCUUUUUAAUACUGGAAAGUUUAUUUUUAAUUUUAUUCAUCACAUUAAUGAUACUGACUCUGUGCUGAGUACCAAUGAUAGCAACUAUGUGAUCUGUCCAAGUGCCAAAGGGGAUGGCCAUCCUGACAAUAGCUCUGCGAUUAUUUUCUACACCAAUGACACAGGAGUCCAACAGUUUGAAAAGUGGUGGAAUAAGUCCAGGACAGUGCCGUUUUACCUCAUAGCUCUCCUUCUGCCUCUGCUCAAUUUCAAAUCACCCUCAUUUUUUUCCAAAUUUAAUAUCCUAGGCACAGUAUCUGUUCUCUAUUUGAUUUUCCUUGUCACCUUCAAGGCUGUCUGCUUGGGAUUUCAUUUGGAAUUUCACUGGGUUACACCAACAGAAUUUUUUGUACCAGAGAUAAGAUUUGAGUUUCCACAACUGACUGGAGUGCUAACUCUUGCGUUCUUUAUUCAUAAUUGUGCAAUUACACUCUUAAAGAACAACAAGAAUCAAGAAAACAAUGUCAGGGACCUAUCCAUUGCAUAUUUGCUGGUGACAUUGACUUAUCUUUAUAUUGGAGUCCUAGUUUUUGCUUCAUUUCCCUCACCACCAUUAUCCAAAGAUUGCAUUGAACAGAAUUUUUUAGACAACUUCCCUAGCAGUGACAUCCUGUCCUUCAUUGCAAGGAUAUUCCUGCUCUUCCAAAUGGUGACUGUGUAUCCACUCCUUGGCUACUUGGCUCGGGUGCAGCUCUUGGGUCAUGUCUUCAGGAACAUUUAUCCUAGCAUUUUCCACGUGCUGUCUCUUAAUCUAAUUAUUGUGGGAGCUGGAGUACUCAUGGCCUGUUUCUACCCAAACAUAGGAGGAAUCAUAAGAUACUCAGGAGCAGUGUGUGGCCUGGCCUUUGUGUUCAUCUACCCGUCUCUCAUCUAUAUCAUUUCCCUCUACCAAGAAGAUCGGCUGACGUGGCCUAAAUUAAUCUUUCACGCUUUCAUCAUCAUUUUAGGCUUGGCUAACCUGAUUGCUCAGUUUUUUAUGUGAUUUGUUCUAGUUUUUCCCAGAUCUUUCAUGGUAUUUUGUGCUUUGACAACAGUGCCACAUAUAUUCACUUGUAAAUGC